AUGUCCAGCAAGGACGAAUAUUAUUACGAUCUCUACGGACAACUAAGGAGACGAUCUCCUCCGCAAACUACAUACGGCGCGUACAAUUAUACUAGUCCAUCCAUGGCGCAGGGUAUGAAUCCAUACCCCCAACUGAAUAUUGGGGAUACGCACUCACAGAUGCCGCUUCCAGCGUCGGCAGCAUAUCAGAGCGGAUAUUCGACGCAACCAAGGACCACCCAUAUAGAUCCCUCGUACAUGGCACAGUACGAUACUUACGGGACUCACCAGAUACCUUCUACUAAUGACCAAGGCUACGGCUACACGUCUUCUAUGGGCUCCAACUAUACGACGCAAGCGCAUGCCACCCAACGUGCGUCUCCGGGAUUGCCGCCUGCGGCCGACCCUCGUCGUCUACCGCCAUUAAGCGUCCCUGUUUCGUCCAGUCGGCAUCAGGACGCAUCGUACUAUGCUCACUCUCAGCCCGACCCAGCUCUUAUAUCUCCAUCUGAAGAUGUCCGCUCGCCACAGGCCGCUUAUCCGCAACAUUACGCUCCGUACGCCUCGCUCAACGGCGCCAUGUACACGCAGCCUUUGUUGUCGAGUUCCCGCGCACAACCGGCGUAUCCAGGUGUAUCGACCAGCUCGCAAUAUCCCUCGGCGACGUCGCAUUCUGUGGGUGUAGAGCGCACAAAUUCGCGACAUGUGCCGACGGUCGGACAGUAUCCCUAUGCUCGGAUUCCACCUGCUACCUCGCCAACUGACUACGGGCCUCAAUCUGCUGAGCCAUCAGUCAAGAAGAAACGCAAGAGGGCCGACGCGCGUCAACUGGAAGUGCUUACGGCGGUGUUUGCGCGUACCCAGUUCCCAUCAACGGAAGAGCGCAUACAGCUCGGCGAGCAACUGGGCAUGACGCCGCGCACGGUACAGAUCUGGUUCCAGAAUCGACGACAAGCCUUGCGCCAGGGACAGCCUUCGGGUACUCGUGGCAAGACCGCAUCCGCCACUGUCGGCUCUACGGGACAUACGUCAUCUGCGCAGGACGCAGCCCGCGGCGGGGCGACUGGGUCAGCGUCAGUGCCCUCGUCAAGUCGGGCCGCCAACGUUGCGGCCACGAGUGCAGGAUCGUCGUCUCUAGCCUCACGGCAGGCCCGAUCAGUCACACCUGCACCCUACGCAUCCCGCUCCCCCGCUGGCACAGUGUCCACGUCCGGGCCAUCGUAUGGCAGUAAUAGCAGAUCUCCGGAACAUCCACAGACAUACUCAACAUCGCGCUCGCCUGCCCCGGGCACAUCCGGUCGUAGCGCCGGCGCGCACUCUACGUCCACCGUGCGAGGCCCUCGCUAUUGA